AUGGGACAGAAAAACACAGUUGUUGCAAAAUCAGAUGACGAAAUAAUUAAUGUCAAUGUUGAUAAGAAACGAUCAGCACUCUACUUCUUUCCUUUUGCUGUAUUUUUUACACAGUACAUUCGUAUCCCGCUUAUUCAACCGGAAUCUUCACAAACAUCGACGAAUAGAACAACUGUACCACUUCCACCACUUAGUCCGCCGAAAUCGCAAAACCCUAAACUUGAUCCUCUAAAACCAAUUGCUAAAACAUCUGUAGAGCUUCCGAUUGAUCCGGCCAAAGUUCGAAUAUUAACACUGAAUGAAAUUGUGCAAAAGCAAUCGCUUGAUCCUCCUGAACCUCUGACAAAAUCAAACGAUACGUUGGCAGAAGAAAUUGUGGAAUUUAUGCGAGAUGCAUGGAAUUUACAUGUACCUAAUUUAAUUAUAUCAGUUACCGGUGGUGCAAAAUAUUUUAAAUUUAUAAAUCCUAGAACCCGUGAUGAUUUUCAAAAUGGAUUAUUUGCUGCUGCUGUGACAACAGAUGCGUGGAUAUUUACGGGCGGUACAAAUGCUGGUAUAAUGAAAGAAGUUGGUGAUGCCAUAAACAGGUGUCGUUAUAGAAAUACAAAAACUCCAGCAAAGAUACCAGUGAUAGGAAUUUGUGGGUGGAAAUAUAUAACAGGUAAUUAUCGUUAUUAUUUUAAUCAGCCUAAUUUAUUUACUAGCGGUGUCUUUCAGAUGCCGAACAGUUAG